AUGGCAUCAUCAGCAACGCCAGAAAACUCCGAUUUAUACAAUGUCAGCAACAUCGACGGCACGAAUAUAGACACGGUCGGUGUAUGCUGGGCUUUUACAGGUUUGGCCGCUGGUUUCCUCAUCACUCGAAUCAUUGCGAGGGUGAGGUGGGACAAGGAGAUGUUUGGCCAUGACUUCUGGUGCAUUGGAGGACUUACAUGUUCUAUAAUCUCGUGCGCUUUCCUCCAGAUUGCUAUGAACAGUUUUGAUGGAAAAGCUUUUCCAUAUGCUACUGCACAGCAAUGGAGAGACGCCAAGUUCUGGCAGCUCUUGUCCCUCUGUGUAGGGGCCCUGUCCGCUUCGCUACCUAAACUGGCUAUCGCAACAUUCCUUCUUGUGGCAACCCAAUCAACAAUCCAGCGAUUGUUCAACUUCGAUGGCAAGAUCAUUGUCCGCUUUUAG